AUGAAGGCUUUUCUUUUCACCCUGCUGGCUGCAGUCCUGUGCGUGGAGCAAGCGGCCUCCUUCUGGUGCUACACCUGUAACGACGAGCCCUCCAACUGGAAUUGUAUGAAAGGGACUAAGUGUGCCGACACUGACAAAUACUGCCUCACAAUAUAUGCGUCUGGAGGGAUUGGCGAUAAAAAGGGGCACCGCAUCACCAAGAAAUGCUCUCCGGUGUGUCCCCAAACAAACCUGAACCUCGGCUUAGCCGCCAUUUCUACCUCCUGCUGUGAGCAUUCCUUAUGCAACCUCAGCGGGGCCAGCAGUGUGAAAACCAGCUACCUGGUGAUGGCCACAGGGAUCUUGGCCAGUCUCAUCCACGUCCUCAGAACGGGACUGUGA